UGGGAAUUCUUUUUCUAUGAACUUUGUCACCAGGUGACCAUAAAUGAAGUAUUGGUUGGUACAAAUCAAAGGCCAAUUUUAUGCGAAAACUUCAGUCCAAACGAAUAAUAAUACAUAAAAUGACACAAAUGAUUCUGUAGAUAGCUCUGCAAUAUGGGAACACCUUGAGAAAUAUCCAUGGCUUUGAACUUCACAACUAGCAGUGCUAAUAAGGCUUUGUUUGGUUGUGUUCCUAAAUUCUUUCCAUCAUCAAAUAAAGACCUUUUUAAGCUCAACCCAUCAUUACUGUCAUCAUCAUCAUCAUCGUCGUCAUCAGGAGCACAUCUAAGAUCGUCAGCUGCUCAAUCAGAAGGAAGUCAAGGAAGAAUUACAACAGAGGAGGAGAGACAAGAUUCUUUUGAUGAUGCUGGGCAAUUCACUUCUACAAGGGCACAGCUGGGUCUACUGGAACAACUCACUUCAUCUGCUGCUGCUGGUUAUGAGAGUGACUCUGGAAAAUUAACCAUAAGAGAGCAGCUCGCGCAAUUGGUAGGAGGCGACAGAGAUGACGACUUCAUGAUUCCGUUGGGUAAGAAGAAUCUGAAGAAAGUGAGUCCUAAGUUCUUGAGCAUAUCACAGAAACGCAACAUAAGAAGACAAAGCUACCUCAAUGAAGUGUCAAAAAGGAAUGAUUCAGUUUUCUUUGCCACCAUAGGGGGGUUUGUUCUCCUGCCCCCUCUACUUAUUCUAGGCAUUGCUAUCUUAACUGGCUAUGUACAACUCUUUCCUUGACACUACAAGAUACAGAAAGUAUACUACUUUUAUCUUCAAAGAUCAAAACACAAGGAUGAUCAAAGUUAAGCUCAAAGCUAGCUCCUUGUAUAUAUGUUAAUAUCAAUUAAAGUUGCUUGAUU